GGCGAGGGACAUUCACUCAUUGUUAUCAACUCGCGCUGCUGCGGAGAUCUCUGUGCUACACGUGAAUUUUCCUUAAAACAUCCAGUGGGGUUGACCAUUGUCCCUGUCAGACUCUCAUCAUUGAUCUGAGCCCGGUGUCAGCGCAGGGUGGAGUAGCUGCAGUGUCUCUCGUGUGAUGGAGUUUUUCUGACAAAGCCAUGGAUGCUGUCGAUAUGAACCAUGGCAAUACAAAACCUCACAUUUCAACGCAGACUGCUUCUAUGUGAACGGAAGAAACCACUGGAUACUCCUUAAUAUUUCCUCCCAGCGGCAAACCAGGAUCUAUUAGCGUAAGGACCAGGCAUCAUGGGUCUCCUUUGGGUGCUGUCCGUCUCCAUGCUGGCCGCCUGUGUGGCCAUUCCCAUGGACGCGGCCGCGGGAAGCCACAGCCUCUUCACCUGUGAACCAAUCACCCUCCGCAUGUGCCAGGGUCUGCCUUACAACGCUACCUUCAUGCCCAACAUCCUCAACCACUACGACCAGCAAACAGCCGCUCUCGCCAUGGAGCCUUUCCACCCCAUGGUGAACCUGCAGUGCUCCCCCGACCUGCGCAUGUUCCUGUGUGCUCUUUACUCUCCUGUGUGCACGGAGUACGGACGCAUGACGUUGCCGUGCCGACGCCUCUGCCUGCAGGCCAAGAGUGACUGCUACAAACUCAUGGAGAUGUUCGGGGUUGGAUGGCCUGAGGAAAUGGACUGUAACAGGUUCCCAGACUGUGAUGACCCAUACCCCCGUCCCGUUGACCUUCUCUCCAUCUCGGACACCACAGAGUCCCCCAUCUCUGUCCAGAGAGACUAUGGUUUCUGGUGCCCGCGGGAGCUGAAAAUCGACCCCGAGCUCAGCUACUCUUUCAUGGGUGUGAAGGACUGCUCCCCUCCCUGUCCCAACAUGUACUUCACCCGCGAGGAGCUGACGUUUGCCCGCUACUUCAUCGGCGUGGUGUCCAUCGUGUGCCUGUCCGCCACGCUCUUCACCUUCCUCACCUUCCUCAUCGACGUGUCUAGGUUCCGUUACCCUGAGCGACCAAUUAUCUUCUACGCCGUGUGCUACAUGAUGGUGUCUCUGGUGUUCUUCUUGGGGUUUCUGCUGGAGGACAAAGUGGCCUGUAACGCAGCUGUCCCAGGACGCUUCAGAGCUGCCACUGUCACUCAGGGGUCACAUAAUAAGGCCUGCACGCUCCUCUUCAUGGUGCUGUACUUCUUCACGAUGGCGGGCAGCGUGUGGUGGGUCAUCCUCACCAUCACCUGGUUCCUGGCAGCUGUUCCCAAAUGGGGCAGUGAGGCCAUAGAGAAGAAGGCUCUGCUGUUCCACGCCUGCGCCUGGGGCCUCCCUGGGGUGCUGACGGUCGCACUUCUCGCCAUGAACAAGAUCGAGGGCGACAGCGUGAGCGGCGUCUGCUUCGUGGGGCUCUACAACCUCAACACUCUGCGCUGGUUCCUGCUUGUGCCCCUCGGACUGGACGUAGUGGUGGGCGUGGCGUUGCUUCUGGCCGGUAUCGCAGCACUGAACAGGGUGCGGAUGGAGAUCCCUCUGGAGAAGGAAAACCAGGAGAAGCUGGUGAAGUUCAUGAUCAGGAUCGGCGUGUUCUCGGUCCUAUACCUGGUGCCUUUGCUCACUGUGCUGGCCUGUUACCUCUAUGAGAACAGCUACAGGAGCGUCUGGGAGACCACCUGGGUGCAGGAGAGGUGCAGGGACUAUCACAUCCCCUGUCCAUACCAGGUGGAGCAGACCAGUCACCCAGACCUGGCCCUGUUCCUCAUUAAAUACCUGAUGAUGCUGAUCGUGGGGAUCCCCUCUGUGUUCUGGGUCGGCAGCAAAAAGACCUGCUUUGAGUGGGCCAGCUUCUUCCACGGCAAGAGACGCAAAGAUGCCAUGGUGAACGAGAGCCGCCAGGUGCUGCAGGAGCCUGACUUCACGGCCCUCCUGCUCCGGGACCCCAACACCCCCAUCGUCAGGAAGUCCAGAGGCACCUCCACCCAGGGCACCUCCACCCACGCCUCCUCCACUCACCUGGCCAUGGACGAGCCCCAUAGCAACAGCACGAGCCGCGCCGGGUCUGUGCGCAGCGGCCGCUCCAAACUGAGCAGUUACCAUGGCAGCCUGCACCGCUCCCGGGACGGCAGAUACACAGCGAGCAGCUUCCGAGCAGCGGACGAGCGUCAGCCGUAUGGGAGCCUGCCGCGCCUCCACGACUCCAGGCACUGCAGCUCCAACAGACUGGACAGCUCGCACCGACUGGACAACCUGUCUCGUCACGGCUCCACCCACAGACUGGAGAGCCAAUCACGGCACAGCAGCAUCCGGGAUCUGACCAACCACACGCAGGUGCUCAGUGUCCCGGGAAACGGAAUUCACAGGGUCAUGGAGGAGGACGGGACCACAGCUUGAGAACCCCCAUAGACUGAAUGUUAAAGUUUCAGAUGGACUACUGCAGUGGGGUGCUCUGAGGGCUCACAAAUAUGCCUUAAAAUGUUCCGAAAUGUAAGAAGAUGAAAUAAGAUAAUUUUGAGGUCAACUGGACUCAAGUUCGUGGAGUUUUUCGAAUCAUGAAUUUUAAACCGUCCUUGAAAAUAUUUGCCUUCAGCCAACCUCACCAUAUCUUACAAUGGAACAAAAUGCAGUGGUCCACCUCUUACUAACCCAAGUCGCCUCAAAACAAGAAGGUUCUUGAUUCAAAACUCUGAAAUAAAUCUGACAUGUGUGCUCUCCUCAUGUCUGGAUGAAUGAAUCUUCUCUGUGUGCUCUGGGGUUCUUUAUAUCGACCUAAAUCAAGUGUAGAGGACCCCCGAUGAGGUACUCCUGUAUCUGGAGAAGGGUGCUGCACUGUGCUCAUGUUAACACAUUGCCCCCUAGUGGCUGUGAUGAAUGGGGCAAAUGUACCAGGACAUUUUUUUAUAUCAAGGUCUAUAAAAGGCCAAAGACUGUAUUUAAUAUUAUUGUCUGUAACUACUGCUGAUGCCUCCGUUCCGACGCAUGAAGAACAAAUUUUGCCUUUGACUGGAAAACCUUUUUAUAAAUCCUAUGAGUUUAUGAAAUUUUAAAAAGGGACUAAAGAGUUUUACAGAUUUCAAGCCAUUGUUCGGGCUGCUACAGGGAAAAGCUACAUCCAAACUCCUGCCUUACACUGGAACACACUGUAGUUAGAGACAAAGUAGUCGUAGCUAGUCCUGUUUGAAAUGUGACCAUGUAAAGCUAUUGUAAAUGAUAGAUGACCUUUGUGCAUAGAUGUAAAAAAUAAUGUGAAUUUUUGUAAUAAAAUGUUUUUUAAGAAA